UGUUAUGUGGCCUCUGGAGCCAAUGGGCAGGAAUCUGGCCUGGGAGUCUCGUUGCUGAAGGGACUGGGACCGCAGUUCUGCUCUAAGCUCGGGCCUAGUACUGAGAAGGGUCCAGGCGAGGACCACCCCCCUCCCCCUUGCUUCCAGUCGCCUUGGGGUGUGUCUCUGGCCCUGGCUCUUGGACACCUGCGCCGCUGCUUCCUCUUGCCCGCCAAGCCCACCACCAGCGCCGGGCGGGAGAGGGGCUCCCAGUGUCGGGGGCUGCGUGGAUCAGGGAGACAACUGGGAUCAUAAGAGAGUAGGGGUGUUGGAAACAUCUGAACAUACCAAAUCAAACAAAUAAUCUCUUGCCUUAUCACUACCACCACACUUUACCACAAAAGAAUGCCACUUUAUGUGGAUUCCCAGCAGGCUGAAAAGAGGAAAAAGCUGAUUAGAUAUCAGACUGCCCACUGAAUGGAAUGACGGCCACAGCUUUGGCGGAGACACCAAAAAUGAAGAGGAAUGCCUCAAAGGAAGAGAAGCAGCAGCCUAACCAGGGCAGCACUAAACAAAUCAAAGCUAAUUCUGAAGCAUGGACAAGCCCUGAGAGUGCUCUUGAACAUAUGAUCCUUAAGAACAGUGACAGCAAUGACAGCUGCCAAUUUCCGGAUGUUCCAUUGAAAAAAAAGGAGAUCUCUUCCAAACAACACCGCCAACUCUGUCGAUCACCCUGCUUGGAUCAUCCAAGCUUCUCCCAGAGCAGCAUUCUAAAGGAUGGGAAGAUUGAUCUGGAAAAGGAAUACCAAGCCAAGAUGGACUUUGCUUUGAAAUUGGGCUAUAAAGAGGACCAGAUUAAAUCAGUUCUGAACAAACUGGGUCCAGAAUCACUUAUUAAUGAUGUAUUAGCAGAGCUUGUCAGACUUGGGAACAAAGAUGACUCCGAAGGACAGUCCAAUUUGAGUCUAUUAUUGCCUCGUGGACCAAGCAGUGGAGAGAUUGCAUGUCCUGAACUAUUUCUUGAAGAUGAAAUAGGCAACGGUGACAAUUUGAGACCAGUUGUCAUAGAUGGAAGUAAUGUGGCAAUGAGCCAUGGGAAUAAAGAAGGAUUCUCCUGCAGAGGGAUACAACUUGCUGUGGAUUGGUUUCUAGAUAAAGGUCAUAAAAAUAUUACUGUAUUUGUGCCUGCAUGGAGAAAAGAGCAAUCCCGUCCUGAUGCACCAAUUACGGAUCAAGAUAUACUGCGCAAACUGGAGAAGGAAAAGAUUCUCGUCUUCACUCCAUCCCGAAGGGUCCAGGGCAGAAGAGUUGUCUGCUAUGAUGACCGGUUCAUAGUCAAACUGGCUUUUGAUUCUGAUGGCAUCAUUGUGUCCAAUGAUAACUACCGAGACCUUCAAGUUGAAAAGCCAGAAUGGAAGAAGUUUAUAGAGGAGAGGUUGCUGAUGUAUUCUUUUGUGAAUGACAAAUUUAUGCCUCCAGACGAUCCUUUAGGACGCCAUGGACCAAGUCUUGAAAAUUUCUUAAGAAAGAGAUCCCUUGUUCCUGAGUAUAAGAAGCAACCAUGCCCUUAUGGCAAAAAAUGUACCUAUGGCCACAAGUGCAAAUACUACCACCCAGAACGGGCCAACCAACUCCAGCGUUCAGUGGCUGAUGAGCUCCGCAUCAGUGCCAAGCUGUCCACAGUGAAAACCAUGAGUGAAGGCACCCUGACCACGUGUGGAAAAGGGAUAUCUAGUGCCAAAGGUGAGAUAACCUCAGAGGUCAAGCAUGUUGCCCCAAAGGGCCAAUCAGAUCCCAGCAUCCGGUGUGUGGCUCUGGAGCCUGAGGAAUGGCUGUCCAUUGCCCAUAAGCCUGAGGCCAGCUCUGUUCCCUCACUUGUGACUGCUCUAAGUGUUCCCACAAUCCUGGCCCCCAAAAGCCAUGCAGUAGGUGCACUGAACACCCGUUCAGCCAGUAGUCCAGUGCCAGGGUCCUCCCAUUUCUCCCACAAGAAGACCUCCUUAGAGUACAUGGCCAGUAUGCAGUACCCCCCUAUUCUGGUUACUCACAGCCAUGGGACCCCAAUUACCUAUACUCAACAAUACCCACAGUUUGAGUCACUGGAGGAUCAUGGCUACUACUCAAUGUUAGGUGACUUCUCCAAACUAAACACCAAUAACAUGCAUAAUCGAGAGUAUUUCAUGGCUGAAACAGACCAGAGUAUAUAUGUUCAGAAUUCCAAUCUCUGUUCUGACAAUCAUCUGAGCCAUACCAGGAAUGACACUUAUUCCUCUUACAACAAUCUAUACUUGGCUGUAGCUGAUGCCUAUCCUGAAAGUAGUUUGAAGAUGCAUCGUUCAGCAUCCCAGAAUUAUCUUCAACCUUUUCCUCAUGGUUACCAAGAAGCCUUAACACGAGUGCAGAGUUAUUGCCCAGAGGAUUCUAAGCAAGCCCCUCACAAGCAAUCAGUCCCCCAUUUAGCUUUGCAUGCCCAGCACACAGCAACUGGAAUACACUCCAGCAGUCUUGGAGACUACCCUAUGCCUCCCAAUAUCCAUCCUGGGGCAAGCUCUCAGCCAGGCCGUGCUCUAGCAAUGACUCGAAUGGACAGCAUUUCGGAUUCCCGCCUCUAUGAGAGCAAUCCCACGAGGCAAAGACGACCUCCUCUGUGCCGAGAACAACAUGCCAGUUGGGAUCCCCUGCCCUGUGUAAACGACUCCUAUGACUACCCUUCCUAUCCCUUGAAUAAUAGUCUCAUACAACCAUGCUAUGAAUCAGUCAUGGUCCGGAGCAUGCCUGAAAAGAUGGAGCAGCUUUGGAGAAAUCCUUGGGUUGGUAUAUGUAAUGAUUCCAGAGAACAUAUCAUUCCAGAGCACCAGUAUCAGACCUACAAGAACCUUUGCAAUAUUUUCCCUUCAAACAUUGUCCUUGCAGUGAUGGAGAAGAAUCCCCACACAGCAGAUGCCCAGCAACUGGCAGCCUUGAUUGUUGCUAAACUUAGGGCUGCACGUUGA